AUGGCACCCUCCCUCACACUGGGCUUUCAAGCCCUCAUCCUGUGUGGGCCUGGAGUGUCGCUUACCACCUUCACAUCGAAGCCAGAAGUGUACCCAAAGUGUUUGAUCCCAGUCGGGAACCGGCCAAUGGUCUACUAUGCUAUCGAGUUCUGCAGACGAGCAGGAAUUUACGUCGUCCCCCCAUCCUCAUUCCCGGCAGUUUCCUCCGCCAUGAAGCUCGAUCCGUAUCUCACCUCUUUUCAUAGCCCGAACCCUGCGGUGAUUGCACCCAAGGGUCUAGAGAUGACGAUGGCAACUGCCCAGCUGUUGCGCCUCCCGGAAGUCCAAGGGGUUCUGAAAACAGAAUUUGUUCUCCUGCCUUGCGAUCUUAUCUGCGACCUGUCUGGAGAGUCUCUCAUCGAAGCAUGGAUGGCCACUCAGGGUAUUAUUUGUCAGACCAAAUCUAGCAAACAGCGUCGCAGCUCCUUCGACACCUAUGAGAAGAAACCUCUGGAUGUGCGACAGAAGGGUCGAAAUGGAGGUCUGGUUGUCUUCUAUCAAACGGCGGACAAUGCGGGAAGCACCAGUUCACAAAAAGACACCUCUGACUUGAUUGCUGUCGCGCCUCUAAGCCAUGACGAAGCGGUUACCAUCCCACCCUUUGACCUCGCAUUCGCGCCCCUUCGAUUCAAUCUUUCCAAGCUGCUUCUUUCGAUGCCCAUGGCAACAGCGAAGAGUAAGAUGGAAGCCGAGAAAGGCCUUCAACUCCGCCACUCCUUGCUCAAGACACACGCCCACGUCCGACUGCUCGCCAAUCUGCGCGAUGCCCACAUCUACAUCUUCCCACGCUGGGUGAGAGAGCUGGUCCGGUGUCAGCAACGAAUCCAAUCAAUCAGCGAUGACCUCAUCGGAAACUGGGCGAAAUCAGGCUGGCAAGACGGCCUAGGCGAGAAUCUGGGUCUAACCCGCAUGGUCCAGUACAACACUGUGUCCCUUGAAGAAUCAAGCUUCGACAGCAGCGUUGGAGCCAAAUACGUGGACCCCCGAAUUGAUAUGCACCGCCUCAGCACCACCAAAUCGGCACUGAAUACCCAACCCCCAAAAUACAUCCACGAUCCCAAGAGCCUCAAAGCGGAAAAGCAUCCUCCUCCUGCAACCCCCGGUGAUCUCCCCCAGCUACUAGCCUACAUCCAUCAAGGACCGCAGCUGAUCCGCCGAGUCGACAACCCCGCCAAUCUCCUCGCGACAUCCCUGCUCCUCGCCAAACUCCCCUCCUUCGAAGACGUCGGUCGCAAUGCAGCUUCGCCAUUUGCACACGCACGCAAGAUCUCGUCCCCUGAACUCGUCGCCGAGCGCAGUAUUGUCACAGCACAAGACUGCUUGCUCGGUGACCAUGUGAUAAUCGAGCCGACGUGUGUGGUGAAGGAGAGCUGCAUCGAUUCGAAGUGUCAUAUCCAACGUGGAGCGCGGAUCACUCGCUGUGUGAUCAUGGAGGGGGCGGUUGUGGAGGCUCGCGUCCAGCUGAGUGGUUGUGUGAUCGGUCGGCGGGCUAGGAUUGGUCGUGGGGCUAUCCUUAGAGACUGUGAGGUGCAGGACUGCAAUGUUGUUGCUGGGAAGACGGAUGCGCGGGAUCAGAAGUUUAUGGUUUUUGAUGUGAAUGCAACUUAG